GCUGGCACAGCUGGCAGCACCGUUAACUCCGCUUCCCUUUUAUUUUUUUGGUUGAGCCCACUCACUGCAUUGGCAACUCAGCGCCGCAGUUUUUUUUUUUUUCUAUCCUUUCCAUCAUCACCGACAAUUCCAUCGUCGCCGAAUCGAUCGCUGCUUUAUUUACGAUUUCUUCUCCCUAAAAACUUGCCGACGCCCCUAUAUAGCUCCGGCACACUACAGCACUCAACCCGAUUUUCCCUCUCACUGAGCGUAUAUAGCCGCUCUUUCUUCUCAUCACCAGCUCUCUCUCCCACGACACAACUCACCCCUUCACAACUCUCGCCGCAAUGUUCGCCCGAGGCCUCCGAGUCGCUUCGCGCGUUGCUGCGUCCUCCGCCGUCGCUCGCCCUGUCCUGGCCUCGCGUAUGCCCGUCGCCGCGGCCGCCGCCGUCCCCCGUCAAUCGCGCGCGUACCACGAAAAGGUCCUCGACCACUACUCCCGCCCUCGCAAUGUCGGCUCCAUGGACAAGAAGGAUCUCGAUGUCGGCACCGGCCUUGUCGGCGCCCCUGCCUGCGGUGAUGUCAUGAAGCUGCAGAUCCGCGUCGACCCCGAGACCAACACCAUCUCCGAUGUCAAGUUCAAGACCUUUGGCUGUGGCUCGGCCAUUGCCUCGAGCAGCUACCUCACCGAGCUUGUCCGUGGCAUGAGCCUCGAUGAGGCCGGCAAGGUCAAGAACACCGAGAUUGCCAAGGAGCUCUGCCUCCCUCCCGUCAAGCUCCACUGCUCCAUGUUGGCCGAGGAUGCCAUCAAGUCUGCCAUCUCCGACUACUACAGCAAGAACCCCAAGACCAAGGCCACCAACCUGAGCGGCACCGGCAUGAAGAUGCCUACCCCCGAGGCUGCCAUGGCCUAAGUGCGCCAUGCAAAUCUGAAGAAACCCUUCAAAGACACACCAAAAAAUAACGACAAGGACAGACAGGAUGUUUUAUUGAUUUCAGCACAGCCAUGCAAGUUCGACCGUCGAACCUCGCCACCAACCUCGUUUUUGCUUCACCUACCACCGCUGCACUGUCUUACUGUUCAACUUAUUCUACUUUUAUUUUCCCUUUCUCGUGUUCAUUCUCAGCCACGGUCCUGGCGAGCGGCGUUUAUGUGCAGUUACAGAGGGACAAAAUGACCUCCCUUGGGACUACAAAUACACAAAAAACACACAAAAAAAAGAAACCAACCAGAACUCUUUGCUUCUGCUGAAACGCGAAGCUGGGGUUCAUGAUGAGCGAUUCUAGGAUUACGGACAAAAUGGGGGCGUAUAUAUCCGACUAAAGGGGGCGGUGGAUAUCAUUGUAUAGUAUAUCAGGACUGGUCUCGCUUUGGCUUAAGCGAUACGCGCUCAGCGUUGAAAAAUAACACGAAUUUUAUUAAUCC